CUUCAACCCAACAACAAAACAACAACAACAAGACAUUUCCCUCAAAUAUGGGAAAGUUAUUGUUCCUGGUGAUAUAAUUCAACACCGACGCCUAUUUAAGGUUCGCAGGCGUACACAAUGGCUGCCAUGACGGCUAGCGUCCUCAAUAAUUUUGCAGACUUGGCACUGUCGUUGCCGGCUCCAUCGUUAGAAGCAACCAUCAAGCAAAAUCCUACAGUGGUUGACUCAACAGGUUAUGAUGGUCGAACAGCACUUCAGAAGGCUGUGAUGGUUGGUAAUCUGCCAGUUAUAAGACUGCUGUUGCAGUAUGGUGCUGACCCUAACCUCAGAGCUCAGUCAGGUGAGACAGCUGUGCAUAUAGCCUGCUGUAGAGGCCUACUCAAUGUGGUUGUGACACUUUUAAAACAUGGAGGGGAUCCCAUGGUUGCUGAUGGUACUGGAAGAGUAGGCAUACACUGUGCUGCAAUUGCUGGAUCAAUGAUGCUUGUGCAGUAUUUGGCAGAAGUGUGUGAGGUCAACUUGGAAGCUGAGGAUAACUGCGGCUGCACCCCACUUCACAUUGCUGCUGCCUGUGGACACCUUGGGCUUGUGAAGUAUCUUGUGCAGAGCAAAAAAGUAAAUCGUAAUAAAGUGGAUAUUGAGGGCAAUACAUCGCUCCACUCUGCAGCCACUGGUGGAGUGUCAGGUGUGUGCUGGGCAGUAAUCUACCCGGGAAGUGAGCAGCUUCUCACUACUACUAACACAGCUGGUCUUACACCUGCUCAAGCUGCUCGGGCUUCCACCUCAAUUUCCCCAGAUUGCCUUAAAUGGCUUGAGAGGUGGACAAGACAGUAUGAGCGCAGCAGUGCGGUGGAAUCACCUCGUUGGCCAUGGCUCAUCCAGUUGUUAACUCCAGCAACAAUUUUUUAUAUUGGAAUUUUGCUGUCUGUAUUUGCUAUGCCACACCACCAGUGGAUGGUUGGAAUGCCUGUGUUUAUUGUGGGCCUUACAGUCAUGGCUCGACAGCAGCAUCGGAUGAAGCACCCUGUAAUGUGGCCUAAUCCCAUAUACUUAGGAGCAUAUGGGGGAGGCCUCUUAUCGACACUGGUAUGCUACUUUGUUGGGAUUGAAGCUCAUCGACAUGAACCCAUCAUCGUUUCACUCAUAAUGUGGAGUACAGCGCUGUGUCACAUUAUUAUCUUCUAUAAGCUAGUCACAGGUGACCCUGGGGUAGUUCGAGCAGAAGGCCCCCUUCAGGAAGUAUUGCGAGGGGUAGGUGAGGGGGUGGUACGAGGGUACUGUUCUGAGUGUCAGCUGGCUUCACCCCCAUUUUCUCACCACUGUCGUCUAUGUGUGGAAUGCCACCAUCAAAUGGACCAUCAUUGUCUUUUUCUCAAUACCUGCAUUGCAGCAAAUAAUCAUUGGCAUUUUGUUAUUUUUAUUAUGUCGAAUAUGGUUCUCAUGGUUGGAUUUCUAGAAGCUGCUUACAGAAUCACUAUACCCAAGGCUGCUCAAGGAGAUUGGGUUGACAUGCUGCUGGCACAUUUGUGGUAUCUAAUGGAUGAAAAUAUGUGGACUCUCCUCAUGAUUAUAUGCAAUGGAGCUUCCUUGAUAUGGGCCAUCAAUCUUUUGAACAACCAGUUUCAAGUCAUAGGCUCCCAGCAGACAACAUUGUGCCGCCUUAAGUUGGGGAAUCCCUUGACAAAACCAACGCACAGAGAAAAAGUCAAGAAUUUCUGGAGCUUUCUUGUUCGUGGCAGAGUUCCUCUAAGCAGCCAAACUCAUUAUUUUAGCCAAGUGUAAUUUUAAAACAUUAAAAUCAUUGUAAAUUUCCUGCUAGACGCCAGCCUUCAAGCAGUAAGUAUCAGACAUUUUGGGACUAAGAGUAAAUGAAUUUAUGUGUAUUUGUAUUUGUUUUUAUUUUGUUUGUAUAGUUUUAGAUAUUGGUAUUUUUUAAUUUUAUUAAUACUAAUCUCAAUUAUAUAAAUGUGUGUGUGUGCAUUUAGAUCUUUGAUUAAAAAUAUGAAGAGCAGCAUAGUACUCUGUAGGAAAAAAAAUAUUGAUUUUGAGAUUAACCAAUCAAUCAUGGUAUCUUAAUUGUUAUGAAGAAAUAGAUUUGUCAUAGCAUAAUCUGUAGUACCCUUCAUGGAAUUAGAUAGUGUAACUGAUUCUGUUAUUCGCAGUUUGGAAGUUGAAUAGCCUGCAAGAGUAAUGUGUCAUAUUAAAGAACAUUAUCUUUCUGUUUAAAUGUGUUUUCCAUGUCUAUCAUUUUUGGUAAUUUUCCUGUUUUGACUAGAUGGACUUAUUUAGAAUCUCAUCCAGACAUUUUGGAUGAUUCCAAGCACUGAACACUUGUAGGAAUACAUUAUACAACUGCAUACUGAUUUGGCUUUGUAUAAGUCAAGUAUUUGCCAGUUGCUUAUAAUGUACAACAAGAAAUGUCAUGAAGAAUCAUAAUUACCUCAGGAAGUGUUUACAAAUUGAGAUAAUUGACUGAGAGAAACUGGAAAAUACAGAGAAACACAAGUGCAGAACUCAUGAAAUCGUAAUGACACGAUUGCAAACAAACCAUACCCCGACGGGGUGGAGUUUUGAGACUCUCUGACCGCGGGUUCAAUCCCGGCUGGGGUAUGGUUUACAAGUGCAGAAGAAAGACCAAGGAUGGAUAAAGCACUGUAUUGGUUAUAUGUUAAUAUCUGUUUAUGAUUCCAGGGAUCCUUACCCCUUACAAUUUGAUCUUAGACCAGGCUUCCUUAGUCAAAAAGAAGUACAGAAUUAUGAAAAUGAGGACUAAUAAGAAAUACACAAGGAAGUAAAGGGAAGCGUCUACAAAAUAGAGGUAGCUGUUUAUCAUUUUUACCUGCCAUCUUGCAUGUUUGUAAGACAGAAAGAAAAGAUUAACAAUUCUGUUACCAUGGGUAGAAUGGUCAAUGUUGUUGGUCUGAUAACCUUUAAAUGUAAUCAGGUAAUUACUGGUACCUAUUAAAGUGUGUAGUGAUUGGGCACUAGCUCUUGGGUCCACCUGAAUUUUGUAUUUGCUUCUGAAUUCUUGUAUGGAGAUGUAAAGAAGUUUGUUAGAUUUUUAAUUGACACAAUCCAACAUGUCCUGAUGGGCACCAAAUCACAUACCAUAUUUAAUUUAUGCCAUUUUUGUAGUAUUUUUUAUUUCAAUAAUAAACACAGGAAGAGCUAAGUUUGAGAUGUUUAUACUACAGUUAACCAACAUCUGCUUUAGAAUUCUAGCAAAUAAAAUGUUUGAGAGUGGUUUAGGAGUUCUAUAUGGUCAUAGAUAUUAUAUAGUGUUUGUGUUAACUGUUAGAAGUCUGGUUUAUCUUAAGAGUCAAGUAAUGAAUACAGUACUCUAAGACUAUAGCUUAUUUCUCUUACAGUAACAUAUGUACUGUGUACCUGUGAUCACUUUUGA